AUGGACCGCUCUCUGCUCCUGACUGUGGAGGGGAUAAAGAAGACCAUUCUGCAUGGGGGCACAGGGGACCUUCCAAAUCUUGUCACCGGGUCCCGAGUGACCUUUCACUUCCGAACCACAAAAUGCGACCAGGAGCGGACGGUGUUAGAUGACAGCAAGCAGACAGGCUGGCCCAUGCAUAUUAUCAUAGGGAACAUGUUCAAACUGGAGGUCUGGGAGAUCCUGCUGACGUCCAUGCGGGUCAGCGAGGUGGCCGAGUUCUGGUGUGAUACCAUCCACACAGGAGUCUACCCCAUCCUAUCCCGGAGCCUGCGGCAGAUGGCUGAGGGCAAAGAGCCCACAGAGUGGCAUGUCCACACAUGCGGACUGGCCAACAUGUUUGCCUACCACACGCUGGGCUACAAGGACCUAGAUGAACUGCAGGAGGAACCGCAGCCCCUGACCUUCCUGAUUGAGUUGCUGCAGGUGGAGGCCCCAAGUGAGUACCAGAGGGAGACAUGGAACCUGAGCAACUCAGAGAAGAUGACCACAGUACCCAUACUGCACGGAGAAGGCAACCGACUCUUCAAGCUGGGCCGCUAUGAGGAGGCAUCCACCAAGUACCAGGAAGCCAUAGUCUGCUUGAGGCAUCUACAGACCAAGGAGAAGCCGUGGGAGGUACAGUGGCUGAAGCUGGAAAAGAUGAUCAACACUCUGAUCCUUAACUACUGUCAAUGCCUGAUGAAGAAGGAGGAGUACUACCAGGUGCUGGAACACUCCAGCGACAUCCUACGGCACCACCCAGGCAUCGUGAAGGCCUACUACGUGCGUGCACGGGCUCACGCGGAGGUGUGGAAUGAAGCGGAGGCCAAGGCUGACCUCCAGAAAGUACUGGAGCUGGAUCCAUCGAUGCAGAAGGCGGUGCGCAGGGAGCUGAGGCUGCUGGAGAGCCGCAUGGAGGAGAAGCGCGAGGAGGAGCGGCUUCGCUGUCGGAGUAUGCUGGGCUAG